UAUUAUUAACAGAUAAAGGUAGAGAUAGUGAAGGUUGAUGACAAUGGCGACGAGGUUGUGAAAGAGACAACCUUCAGGAGAGAACUGCUCACGAGAUGUCAGAAAGAAUUUGAAAAGGAUAAAAGAGACGAUGAGACAAAGGAAGAAAUGCUCAAAGCUUUAGAGGAGGCAGCACCGGAAGAGAAGAAGUUAAAAGAGGCUGAGCUGAAGGAGUGGGAAGAUAAAUCACGUAAAAGAUCACUAGGGAACAUCAGGUUUAUAGGAGAGCUCUUUAAAUUAAAGAUGUUAUCGGAGAGUAUCAUGCACGAGUGUAUCGUUAGAUUAUUGAGAUCAACGUCAGAUGAAGAAGCAUUGGAGUGUUUCUCAAGACUCAUAACUACCACUGGGAAGGAACUGGACCAUCCUCAAGCUAAACAACGUAUGGACAGAUAUUUUGACAGAAUCAACGAAAUCAUUGACAAGAAGAAGAUAUCGUCAAGAAUACGGUUCAUGCUGCAAGAUGUACAAGAAAUGAGAAAGAAUGAUUGGGUAUCAAGGCGACAGGAGACUCUAAAGACCAUAGACCAGAUCCAUCAAGAGGCUGAGAUGGAGGCAAUGCAGGAGAAGGAGAUGAUCAGGUCACUACAACCAGUAUCAGGGAAGCAGUACGCUAGGGAUGAUAAGAAAAGAAGUAAAGGUGAUGAUUAUUCCGGCAGUAGAAAAGGAGACAAAGCGACUGGAGGAAGGAGGGACUCAACUCCUGACGUAUCAAGAAUUCAAGCUCUUGGAAAUAAAAGAGAAAAAACCACACCCACUCUAGGCCCGGCUAGUCUCAGACCAGGUGGAUGGAAGGGUGGGCGGAGUCAAGGCCAGACUCCUCCCCCUCCUGCCUCAGCGACUACUGAUGUGAAGGAUAAAGGACCAGCCAGUAAAGGACCACAAAGGUCUAGUACUUCCGGUACUUCUAAGAAGUCGUCAACUACCACCACUGCUGGUGGGCGGGGCUCACAGCCUCAAGCAACACGUCGGAGCCAAUCAGAUGAGAAAUCAGAUACUCUUAAACUAGUGAAGGACUUUUUGAAUCCACAGCCACCACCUGCAACUCAAGCCACGCCCACUCACACAACGUCAAAACAAGACAGACUCACUGAAGAGGUGGUCGAGAGAAAGACGACCACAAUAAUAGAUGAACUGUCAGAGAAUCAGGACUAUAAGGAAGCUAUAGAGUGUGUGAUAGAGUUAGAGUCCCCUGGUCUAAUGAACGUGUUUGUACAGACUGGGAUCAACCACUCACUGGAGAAAUCAUCAACAGUUCGGGUAUCAGUUGGGAAACUGUUUGAUACAUUAGUAGCAAAGGAUCUAUUAACAACUGAGAAAUUAACAUCAGGGUUACAGGUGAUGUUAGAAUGUGGUGAGGAUCUUGAAGUUGAUAUUCCAAAGGUGUGGGAUUUCUUUGCUGAGAUAGUAGCGCCGUUAGUGUCCAGUAGUAACCUCCCACUCAAUAAUUAUGUUAAAUUAUUACGUGAGGCUAACAUCGAAGAGAGAAAAUUAUCAAGAAAUGUAGCGAGAACUCUUAAGUAUUGUGUUGAUCACUCGGGCAGUAAAGAGAAGGUGUGUCAGCUAUGGAGAGGGUGUGGUCUCAGAUGGACUGAGAUUGGAGUAUCGGCAGAUGAUGUAGUUGGAUUUCUAAAAGACGAGGGUGUAUCAUUUCUUGACUCUACUCCAGCUCCUUCAGCUGCUGAUUCCAGUGGAUCAGAACUCCACUCACCAGACAACCCUCCCUAUCUUAAUGACCUCUCAUUAUUAUUCGGAUCAACAGUUCACACCAAUGAUGAUAUAUUAGACUUAAUUGAGAAAAAAGUGUCGCGGAGUGAGUCAAAAUCGGAACAGUUCAUUAGAACAUUGUCAAGAGCCACUGUCGGUGGAUCCACAACUGGUGAAGGUCAAUCUACUAUAUAUAAUGAUGAUAUGUUUGCUAAGCGUCUUCCUUUAUUAAAGAAGUGGGUGGAUCAGGAGGAGGAGCUUCAAGUUGUAGUAUUGGAUGCUAUCCAAUUGGAAGUGAAUAGAUUAAGACAUCCACCAGGACUUCUACAUAAAAUAUUCAGUUCCCUCUAUUCUAUAGAAGUAAUAUCAGAGUCGGCUUUCUUAAACUGGAGAGACAGAGGUAAAGAGAAGGCUGGCCGUGGGGUGGCUUUACAGUCAAGUAAAAAGUUCUUUAAUUGGUUGGAACAUGCAGAAACUGAGAGUGACAAUGAUGUAGGAUCAUAAAAUCACACAUUAUUAAAUUAUGUUUCUAUGUAUAUAAUGUGUGUCUUUCUCUCUCCUUCCAAUGAAAGAAUAUAAAUUUAUUAUUAU